AUGAAGGGUAUACGAUUAAGCACAGUGGCACUUUAACAUGACUAACAUCCCUCUUCUUCCCCUCUCUCUCUCUCUUUCCCUCUCUCUCUCUCUCUCCUUCCCCUCUCUCUCUCUUCUUCCCCUCUCUCUCUCUUCUUCCCCUCUCUCUCUCUUCUCCCUCUCUCUUUCUCUCUCUCUCUCCUUUCUCUCUCUCUCUUUUCUCUCUCUCUCUCUCUCCCCCUACAGUGGGUAUCCCAACCAUAAAGUGGUGUGGGGCGGAGGGGGACUACAACGUGAUGGUGAUGGAGCUGUUAGGACCUAGUCUGGAGGACCUGUUCAACUUCUGCUCGCGCAAGUUCUCCCUCAAGACUGUCCUGCUGCUGGCUGACCAGAUGGUAAGAGACUGGCGUGCGUUCGCGGAGGCAGGGUGCGUUCGCUGCGGAGGCAGGGUACAGUACCUCCUUCGGGGGGGGGCAGUAUAACGAUGUCUACACCUGUCUUGAAUGACACUGGCCAUCUCUUAACUCUGCCUCCAUUCAGAAUGUUAGGAAGCCUUGUCCCACUGUGACCAUGCAGCCCUUUCAGGCUGGUGUAGAAGCACCUCCUGGGUGGCAUCAUGCCUCUAUUUGCAUUGUGUGUCAGGUUUGCAUUGCGGACUGUGUGAUGAUUGAGUGUAUGAGGUCACUACAUCCUCCUUCUCCUUGUUAGUUUCUCCCCAUCCUGUUUUUGAUUUAUUAGGGUCCCCAUUAGCCGACGCCAAUGGCGACAGCUAGUCUUACUGGGGUCCGACACAUAACGAAAAAUACAUUACAGACAAAAUACCUUACCAUUUACAUACAUUUAAAAACAUUAACAUGUAGUGUGUGUGCAUCUAUCAGUUACACAUACAUGUCAGUACAUACACACAACAAAUAGGUCACACUGUUGAACCAGUCAGAUGGGUCUAGUCUGGAUCAUAAAGUCAUUUAUUCAGUUGACUGUCCUAAGCCAAUCUACAUUGAUAGUACAGUGGUGUCACAGUUAGCCAGCUAAAAUGGUUUACAGUUAGUUAGCAAUUAGGGAUGUAACAUUUACAUUUACAUUUUAGUCAUUUAGCAGACACUCUUAUCCAGAGCGACUUACAGUCAGUGAGUGCAUACAUUAUUUUUUAUAUUUUUCAUACUGGCCCCCCAUGGGAAUCGAACCCACAACCCUGGCGUUGCAAACGCCAUGCUCUACCAACUGAGCUACAUCCCUGCCGGCCAUUCCCUCCCCUACCCUGGAUGACGCUGGGCCAAUUGUGCGCCGCCCCAUGGGUCUCCCGGUCGCGGCCGGCUACGACAGAGCCUGGAUUCGAACCAGGAUCUCUAGUGGCACAGCUAGCGAUGCAGUGCCUUAGACCACUGCGCCACUCGGGAGACUACGACGAUUCACCGAUACGCAUCGGUCCCCCGAUUCAAAUGUUUAAGUAUGCAUCGGUCAGAAAAGCGAUUCAAACAUGUUUUUGGCUGAUAUUACGUUCUUUCUACCUUCCGAAAAUACCUUUUAUCUUUUGUGACAACUGAUGUGUCAAACUGCAUGGAACUGUGUUGACAUCAUUGAUCUACAAGUCGUUUUGCAUGCUGGACAACCCCAGGAGAUAUCCGUAACUUGGUGUAUGUAGGGAGUUUCCAAUAAGGGAAACUGGACAUCUACCACCCCACUAUCAGUUAGCAAUGUUUGAUCUGAAAUCACCAUCACCCACUAAUUAAUUUGUAAUUUUUGCAGAUUAAAAGUGAAUAUAUAGCACAACUUUGGGAUUUCACCCCCGUCUCAUAAUGGAAUGGUUUAGACCGUUUGGAAGUUUUGACUGACUCUGAGAGAGCUUCUACCAGGUGUCUCGGGUUGUUUAUAAUACCAGGUGUCUCGGGUUGUUUAUAAUACCAGGUGUCUCGGGUUGUUUAUAAUACCAGGUGUCUCGGGUUGUUUAUAAUACCAGGUGUCUCGGGUUGUUUAUAAUACCAGGUGUCUCGGGUUGUUUAUAAUACCAGGUGUCUCGGGUUGUUUAUAAUACCAGGUGUCUCGGGUUGUUUAUAAUACCAGGUGUCUCGGGUUGUUUAUAAUACCAGGUGUCUCGGGUUGUUUAUAAUACCAGGUGUCUCGGGUUGUUUACAUUCUACCAUUGUGACACGCAUCCAUGUAUAUCCACUUGGUAUGUGCAUAAUUGAUUACGCUAACGCCAUCUCUCUCCUCUCCAGAUCAGCCUAGCUGUUAUUGAUGAAGCUCUCUCCUCUCCAGAUCAGACUAGCUGUUAUUGAUCAAGCUCUCUCCUCUCCAGAUCAGACUAGCUGUUAUUGAUCAAGCUCUCUCCAGAUCAGACUAGCUAUUAUUGAUCAAGCUCUCUCCUCUCCAGAUCAGCCGUAUAGAGUACAUCCACUCUAAGAACUUCAUCCACAGAGAUGUGAAGCCAGACAACUUCCUGAUGGGCCUGGGCAAGAAGGGUAACCUGGUGUACAUCAUCGACUUUGGCCUGGCCAAGAAAUACCGAGACGCCCGCACACACCAGCACAUCCCCUACCGCGAGAACAAGAACCUGACUGGCACCGCACGCUACGCAUCCAUCAACACACACCUGGGAAUCGGUAGGAUAUAUACACUAUAUAUACAAAAGUAUGUGGACACCCCUUCAAAUUAGUGGAUUCAGUUAUUUCAGCCACACCCGUUGCUGACAGGUGUAUUAAAUCGAGCACACAGCCUUACAAUCUCCAUAGACAAACAUUGGCAGUAGAAUGGCCUCACUGAAGAUCUGUGACUUUCAACGUGGCACUGACAUAGGAUGCUACCUUUCCAACCAGUCAGUUUGUCAAAUUUCUGCCCUGCUAGAGCUGUCCCGGGCAACUGUAAGUGCUGUUAUUGUGAAGUGGAAAUGUCUAGGAGCAACAACGGCUCAGCCGUGAAGUGGUAGGCCACACAAGCUCACAGAACGGGACUGCUGAAGCACAUAGCGCGUAAAAAUCGCCUGUCCUCGGUUGCAACACUCACUACCUCUGGAAGCAACGUCAGCACAAGAACUGUUCAUCGGGAGCUUCGUGAAAUGGGUUACCAUGGCCGAGCAUCCGCACACAAGCCUAAGAUCACCAUGUGCAAAGCCAAGCAUCGGCUGAAGUGGUGUAAAGCUCGCCACCAUUGGACUCUGGAGCAGUGGAAACGCGUUCUCUGGAGUGAUGAAUCACAAUUCACGAUCUGGCAGGACGAUGGACAAAUCAGGGUUUGGCGGAUGCCAGGAGAAAGCUACCUUCCCCAAUGCAUAGUGCCAACUGUACAGUUUGGUGGAGGAGGAAUAAUGGUCUGGGGCUGUUUUUCAUGGUUUGGGCUAGGCCCCAUAGUUCCAGUGAAAGUCAAUCUUAACGCUACAGCAUACAAUGACAUUCUAGACGAUUCUGUUCUUCCAAUUUGGUGGAAACAGUUUGGGGACGACCCUUUCCUGUUUACGUAUGACAAUGCCCUUGUGCACAAAGCGAGGUCCAUACAGAAAUGGUUUGUCGAGAUCUGUGUGGAAGAACUUGACUGGCCUGCACAGAGCCCUGACCUCAACCCCAUCGAACACCUUUGGGAUGAAUUGGAACGCCGACUGCGAGCCAUGCCUAAUCGCCCAACAUCAGUGCCCGACCUUACCAAUGCUCAUGUCUGAAUGGAAGCAAGUCCACGCAGCAAUGUUCAAACAUCUAGUGGAAAGCCUUCCCAGCAGGUGUCCACAUACCUUUGGCUAUAUAACAAACAUGCUAAUUGACGCCACUCCACCCUCCUAAUCCCAACAUCACCCCUACCUCUCUCUUCGCAUCCCCCACAUGCUCGUCUCCUUCUUCCCCUCUCCGCUCUUCACUCCUUCUAUUCUCCUGUCCCCACCCUCUCUCCCCACCUCUCUCGCUCUCUCUCUCUUCUCUUCUCUCUCCUCUCUCUCUCUCUUCUCCUCUUCUCUCUCUCUCUCUCUCCUUCUCCCUUCUCUCUCUCUCCUCUCUCCCUCUCUCCUCUCUCUCGCUCUCCCUCUUCUCUCCCUUCUCCCUCUCUGCUCUCUCCUCUCUCUCUGUCUUCUCUCCUCUCUCUUCUCCCUGUCUCUCUGCUCUCUCCUCUCUCUCUCUCUCUCUCUUCUCCCUUUCUCUUCUUCUCCUUUCUCUCUCUCCUGCUCUCUCUCUCUCUCUCCUCUCUCUCUUCUCUUCUUUUCCUUCCUCUCUCUCUCUCCUCCCUCUCUCUUGUUCUCUUCUCCCUGUGUCUCUCUCUCUCCUCUCCUCUCUCCUCUACAGAGCAGUCUCGUCGUGAUGACCUGGAGUCUCUUGGUUAUGUCCUGAUGUACUUCAACCUGGGCAGUCUGCCCUGGCAGGGCCUGAAGGCAGCCACCAAGAGACAGAAGUACGAACGCAUCAGUGAGAAGAAGAUGUCGACCCCCAUCGAGGUCCUCUGCAAGGGAUACCCAUGUGAGUAGCUGAAAGACCUGACUGGUUGGAAGUUGAUGGGUUUUCUGAAGUCAAAACAUGUCGUUUUUGCAUAGUAGAUCCUUGUACAUAUAGAAUUUCCACUCCCAGUCUUUUAAAGUGGAUAGCUCUUAUGUGGUCCAAAAUGGUAUGGAUCGGGUUAGGAGUUUUUCCUGAGCAUGUGACCUAACCAGGAAGACAAUAGAUCAGAUUCAGAUGAUGAUCCACUCAGUAUUUGUUUGUAGUGUAUAUCUUGUUGUCUUGGGGCAGCCCAUGAGACUAGAAGGAUUCACAUUCAGGGGCAGCCUAGGAGACUAGCUUAUUCGCAUUCAGGGGCAGCCCAUGAGACUAGAUGGAUUCACAUUCAGUGGCAGCCCAUGAGACUAGAUUAGUCACUUUCAGGGGCAGCCCAUGAGACUAGAAGGAUUCACAUUCAGGGGCAGCCUAGGAGACUAGCUUAUUCGCAUUCAGGGGCAGCCCAUGAGACUAGAUGGAUUCACAUUCAGUGGCAGCCCAUGAGACUAGAUUAGUCACAUUCAGGGCCAGCCCAUGAGACUAGAUUAUUCACUUUCAGGGGCAGCCCAUGAGACUAGAAGGAUUCACAUUCAGGGGCAGCCUAGGAGACUAGAUUAUUCACAUUCAGGGGCAGCCCAUGAGACUAGAAGGAUUCACAUUCAGGGGCAGCCCAUGAGACUAGAAUGAUUCACAUUCAGGGGCAGCCCAUGAGACUAGAAGGAUUCACAUUCAGGGGCAGCCCAUGAGACUAGAAGGAUUCACAUUCAGGGGCAGCCCAUGAGACUAGAAGGAUUCACAUUCAGGGGCAGCCCACGAGACUAGAUGAUUCACAUUCAGGGGCAGCCCAGGAGACUAGAUGAUUCACAUUCAGGCAUUUGAUUCCACAUAAUUGUUAUACAACUGGAUGUAUAAAGAGCUGUAUUCUGACCCAUCCUCUUGUUUCUCCUCUCAGCGGAGUUUGCCACGUACCUGAACUUCUGCCGUUCUCUGCGGUUCGAUGACAAGCCGGACUACUCGUACCUCAGACAGCUGUUCAGAAACCUGUUCCACAGACAGGGCUUCUCCUACGACUACGUCUUCGACUGGAACAUGCUUAAGUUCGUGAGUAACGUCUCUGCUACAUCUGAUUCAUCCCCUUCAUUACGUUGAUUCAGGCUGGAAUCUUUUCAUUACAAUAAUAUCUCCUUUCUCCUGAAGUGUACAGUCGUUCACUAAUUCCCACAAAUCUGAAAGCAUUGGAUUGGUGGAGACAUGGGCUGGUGGGAGUUUCCACCGUAUUUCUUAUACCAUUUUCUUUCAAAUCAGUGAAGUGAAGUGAACCAGUGCACACUUUGAGGAAGGAGAGAUAAUUGAGACAUAGCCCUGGACUGUCCAAGGUGGCCAUUUUGUUGGUCUACUGAUAGCAGUGGUGUCCCUGGCAACGGCAGCCAUUUUGAAUCAAUAAGAUCCAGUUGUGUUUCUGUGAUAGGGAAGGGUUGGGAGGUGGGAAUGUGUGUGACCAUAGUUUCCAUUUGACCAGGGUGUUUAUUUCUCUGUGUAUACAGGGUGCUAACAGGGCAGCGGAGGAUGCAGAGAGGGAGAGGAGAGCCGGUGAGGACAGACUGAGGCAGGGACAGGCCAGGGCCCCUGCAGGGGCAAGAGGGAUCCCCUCCGCCUCCGGGCGAGCCAGAGGAGCACAGGACGCAGCCGCACCCACACCCCUCACACCCACCUCACACACAGGUUAGUGAAAACACACCUCACAUAAGUGAAGACUCGCACCACACCCGCCUCACAUACACACCUCACACACAGGUCUGAUAUGCUACACACACACACACACCACGUACACACACCACGUAUAGCCAAGCGCUCACACCAGUACAUCACAUGCUCCUUGUUUAAGAUAGGCCCUGUACAGAUACAUUGACUUCAAAACGACUGCGUGAACAUGAUUAUUCCGAGGUGUCUGUUCCCUAUCCCAGGUAUGGAGCGUGAGGUGUGUCUCUCUCUAACCCUAGGUGUCUGUUCCCUAUCCCAGGUAUGGAGCGUGAGGUUUGUCUCUCUAACCCCAGGUGUCUGUUCCCUAUCCCAGGUAUGGAGCGUGAGGUGUGUGUCUCUCUCUAACCCCAGGUGUCUGUUCCCUAUCCCAGGUAUGGAGCGUGAGGUGUGUCUCUAACCCCAGGUGUCUGUUCCCUAUCCCAGGUAUGGAGCGUGAGGUGUGUCUCUCUCUAACCCCAGGUGUCUGUUCCCUAUCCCAGGUAUGGAGCGUGAGGUGUGUCUCUCUCUAACCCCAGGUGUCUGUUCCCUAUCCCAGGUAUGGAGCGUGAGGUGUGUCUCUCUCUAACCCCAGGUGUCUGUUCCCUAUCCCAGGUAUGGAGCGUGAGGUGUGUCUCUCUCUAACCCCAGGUGUCUGUUCCCUAUCCCAGGAAUGGAGCGUGAGGUGUGUCUCUCUCUAACCCCAGGUGUCUGUUCCCUAUCCCAGGUAUGGAGCGUGAGGUGUGUGUCUCUCUAACCCCAGGUGUCUGUUCCCUAUCCCAGGUAUGGAGCGUGAGGUGUGUCUCUCUCUAACCCCAGGUGUCUGUUCCCUAUCCCAGGUAUGGAGCGUGAGGUGUGUGUCUCUCUCUAACCCCAGGUGUCUGUUCCCUAUCCCAGGUAUGGAGCGUGAGGUGUGUCUCUAACCCCAGGUGUCUGUUCCCUAUCCCAGGUAUGGAGCCUGAGGUGUGUGUCUCUCUCUAACCCCAGGUGUCUGUUCCCUAUCCCAGGUAUGGAGCGUGAGGUGUGUUUCUAACCCCAGGUGUCUGUUCCCUAUCCCAGGUAUGGAGCGUGAGGUGUGUCUCUCUCUAACCCCAGGUGUCGGUUCCCUAUCCCAAGUAUGGAGCGUGAGGUGUGUCUCUAACCCCAGGUGUCUGUUCCCUAUCCCAGGUAUGGAGCGUGAGGUGUGUGUCUCUCUCUAACCCCAGGUGUCUGUCCCCUAUCCCAGGUAUGGAGCGAGAGAGGAAGGUGAGCAUGCGUCUUCACCGUGGAGCUCCUGUCAACAUCUCCUCCUCAGACCUGACUGGACGACAGGACUCACGCAUGUCCACCUCACAGGUAAAGACUCACACCCACUUCUCACAGGUCUGAAAACAACGUCAUGUUUCUAGCCCUGUUCUAUUGUUUUAAGGUCAUCGUUCCUUUUCAACUAUCACUCAUGGCACUAACGAUCAACACCACAGGGCAUCCACACAGUCACACAGGAAUGUGAAGCGUUUUCACUGGCAUCAUAACAUGGCUGUAAUGUUGCAGGGUGUCAAGUGUUUUCCCUAUUUUCAUUUAGCAGUGGCAGGCUGCCGCUCUAAAGUAAAAACAUUUGAAGAUCAUUUUUGGGAUGGUGAAACGUUUUCAGUGUAAACUUAAACGACUAAAACCAGAUAUAAAGUAUGUAGAAAAGAUAAUGGAGUAAUAUAUUUUUUUAUUAGAUCUUUGAGAACUAAGAGUAGCUGCUGCCUAAAGACAAAACGAACAAUCACCACAAUAAAAACUAGACAGUCAGGGAGAAUCAACCAUUAAAAAAAAUAUAAUGGCAUAUGGCCCACAUUUUGAUUUUGUUAUAAUGUUUGAGUCAAUCAGAUGGCAUAAGAACACGGCAUAAGCCAUGGCAAAUUGUGUAGAACUGCAGUAAACUAAAGGUCUGGGUGUGGCUCAUAGACGGGCUCUGAAACUCCAACAUGAUGGACCUCUGUGAAUAAGCAGUGGAAUGGUUAGAGAAAAAAGGAAUUUGACUCUAAAUGCUGUGCUUGUUCAUAAUGGUUGGCCUAAGCAAAGCACCGCUCCAAUCAAAGAAUCUGUGAGCAUCUAGCUAGUUUAGUUUAUACUGACCCUCAUGACGAGCAGUCGCUGGCGUGAUCGCUGUGUGACUGGUAACACCAUAUGGCUAAGCUGGCUGACUGUUGGCAUGAACAGGGUGAUGGGAUCAUGCUGUGUAGUGACAAACCAUUUCUGUAUGGACCUCGCUUUGUGCACGGGGGCAUUGUCAUGCUGAAACAUCAAAGGGCCUUCCCCAAACUGUUCCCACAAAGUUGGAAGCAUAGAAUCGUCUAGAAUGUCGUUGUAUGCUGUAGCGUUAAGAUUUCCCUUCACUGGAACUAAGGGGCCUAGCCCGAACCAUGAAAAACAGCCCCAGACCAUUAUUUUUCCUCCACCAAACUUUACAGUUGGCACUAUGCAUUGGGGCAGGUAGGGUUUUCCUGGCAUCCGCCAAACCCAGAUUCAUCCGUCGGACUGCCAGAUGGUGAAGCGUGAUUCAUCACUCCAGAGAACGUGUUUCCACUGCUCCAGAGUCCAAUGGCAGCAAGCUUUACACCACUCCAGCCGACGCUUGGCAUUGCUCAUGGUGAUCUUAGGCUUGUGUGCGGCUGUCGGCCAUGGAAACUCAUUUCAUGAAGCUCCCGACGAGCAGUUCUUGUGCUGACGUUGCUUCCAGAGGCAGUUUAGAACUCGCUAGUGAGUGUUGUAACCGAGGACAGAAUUUUUACACGCUUCAGCACUCGGCGGUCCCGUUCUAUGAGCUUGUGUGGCCUUCCUUUGCUGCUGGGCCGUUCUUGCUCUUAGACGUUUCGACUUCACAAUAAUGGCACUUACAGUUGACUGGGGCAGCUUUUGCAGGGCAGACGAACUGACUUGUUGGAAAGGUGGCAUCCUAUGACGGUGCCACGUUGAAAGUCACUGCGCUCUUCAGUAUGGGCCAUUCUACUGCCAAUGUUUGUCUAUGGAGAUUGCAUGGCUGUGUGCUCGAUUUUAUAUACCGGUCAACAACGGGUGUGGCUGAAAUAGCCUCCUCCUCCCACCAACUCAGAAUAGCAUUCCCUUCGAUCAUCAUCUGGGAAAGUAGCAGCUCGCCACGUCCUGGUGUGAACGGCUGGCUGGCUGGUGAGUCACCACUAGUUUCCCAAAUGGCACCAUAUGUACUACAUAGUAAUAAUAAUAAUAAUAUGCCAUUUAGCAGACGCUUUUAUCCAAAGCGACUUACAGUCAUGUGUGCAUACAUUUUUAUGUAUGGGUGGUCCCGGGGAUCGAACCCACUACCCUGGCGUUACAAGCGCCCAUGCUCUACCAAUUGAGCUACAGAGGACCACACAGUAGUUCACUACUGUUGACCAGAGCCUUAUACCCACGUUAGGUAAGAGUGUAGGUGUAGGUGUCCCCUCAACCCCACCCUAAUCCCCCCUUUAGAAAUAUCUACAGGCUCCAGGUGUCCGCAUGCUUCUGGUCAACAGGAGGGAUUCUUCAAUGAAGUGUUUGUUUGUUGUCAUUCAACGAGAGAUGACUCUUUGUUUUUGUCAUGGAAUUUUUUUUAUUGAGUAAUACUGCACCAAACAUCUUAGAUGUGAAAUUGCGCGACUAAGAACUCCUUGGCAAAAAUCGUCAAAAUUUAGGACAGAUUUCUUGAGUUAUCUAAGAUUAAUUCUGGCUACGGCGUCUCAAGAUGGACAAACAGUACUAUUGACGCUUUUUUCUGGGUUUUUUCAAGCGAAGGUCUUUUAGGGGAGGAUGCGAGCCACUCGUUGGGUUGGCCUAGCCGAGUUCAGCUAGGCUCCAGCUGAACCGAAGCAUGUUGACGCCUUCAGGCUACGUCUUGAUAGUCUAAAGACUAUUUCACCCCCACCCUAACCCCCCUAUAGAAAUAUCUAUGGGUUACUACGUCUCAAUAGUCUAAAGAAGUGAUGGUAACCGUGUGGCUGUCACUUACCAACCCCACUCUAACCCCCCUAUAGAAACAGGUUCCAUCUCAGUAGUCUAAAGCAGAGUCUAUAUAUAGUAUGACAAGUCUAAAGUGGCUUGAUCCCCAUGUCUCCUUUCCUUCAUCUGAAAUGAACCUGAAAGAAUCAGAAAGGUGAAGAAAAUGAGGUUAUUUUAGACUCAGAGAUCCAGAGUCUAUUCCAUAGUAGAUUAACCCCAUAAGGCUAACUCCACUCUGGAAACUCCGGUUCUGGAUGGCCAGAAACAUUCCAUUCUGGAACUCUUCAGGAUGUAAUAAAGGAGAAAUGGAAUUCUAUCCACAGAUUCAGUUCCACAUUCUUUCCAUGUUCCGCAUUCCCCAUUUUAUAGGAAUUUCAGUUCUCUAGAACAAGGAUUCUAACCCCUCUCUGCACCCCCAUCCCCUUCUAAAAUAGUUCAUAACCCCUGUACUUGACCUCCUUAACUAGGUCUGGUUCACCCCAUUACCUUACAAGGCUGUGGGCUGUGUAACAUAAGAUUUAAGACAAGGUAGACCCUCUCUGACACAAACAAACAAUACCCUCUGUUAGGUAGUGUUUGGUUUAAGCUCCUCCAUUCACCCACAAUACCCUCUGUUAGGUAGUGUUUGGUUUAAGCUCCUCCAUUCACCCACAAUACCCUCUGUUAGGUAGUGUUUGGUCUAAGCUCCUCCAUUCACCCACAAUACCCUCUGUUAGGUAGUGUUUGGUCUAAGCUCCUCCAUUCACCCACAAUACCCUCUGUUAGGUAGUGUUUGGUCUAAGCUCCUCCAUUCACCCACAAUACCCUCUGUUAGGUAGUGUUUGGUUUAAGCUCCUCCAUUCUGUAGUGGACAGAUUGUGACAGUAUUCUUCCCAUGGUCCUUAUACAGAGCCUUCAGAAAGUAUUCACACCCCUUGACUUCAUCCACAUUUUGUUGUUACAUCCUGAAUUUAAAAUGGAUUACAUUGAGAUUUUUGUCACUGAUUUACACACACAGUACCCCGUCUCUGUACCCCACACAUACAAUUAUCUAUAAGGUCCCUCAGUCGAACAAGCACAGAUUAUACCACAAAGACCACAGAGGUUUCCCAAUGCCUCGCAAAGAAGGGCACCACCUAUUGGUAGUAGAUGUUUUAUUUUUUAAAGAAGAAAAAAAAAAAUAUAUAUAUAUAUAUAUAUAUAUACAGGUAAAAGUCAGUAAAUUAGAAUAUUUUGAAAAACUUGAUUUAUUUCAGUAAUUGCAUUCAAAAGGUGUAACUUGUACAUUAUAUUUAUUCAUUGCACACAGACUGAUGCAUUCAAAUGUUUAUUUCAUUUAAUUUUGAUGAUUUGAAGUGGCAACAAAUGAAAAUCCAAAAUUCCGUGUGUCACAAAAUUAGAAUAUUGUGUAAGGGUUACAUUUUGAAGACACCUGGUGCCACAAAAUAAUCAGCUGAUUAACUCAAAACACCUGCAAAGGGCUUUAAAUGGUCUCUCAGUCCAGUUCUGAAGCCUACACAAACAUGGGGAAGACUUCAGAUUUGACAGCUGUCCAAAAGGCGACCAUCGACACAUUGCACAAGGAGGGAAAGACACAAAAGGUUAUUGCAGAAGAGGCUGGCUGUUCUCAGAGCUCUGUGUCCAAACACAUUAAUAGAGAGGCAAAGGGAAGGAAAAACUGUGGUCAGAAAAAGUGUACAAGCGAUAGGGAUCACCAUCGCCCUAGUCAAGAUUGUGAAAAAAAACCCAUUCAAAAAUGUGGGGGAGAUUCACAAGGAGUGGACAGCUGCUGGAGUCAGGGCUUCAAGAUCCACCACCAAGAGACGCUUGAAAGACAUGGGUUUCAACUGCCGCAUACCUCGUGUCAAGCCACUGUUGACCAAGAAACAGCGCGAAAAGCGUCUCACCUGGGCUAAGGAAAAAAAGAGCUGGACUGCUGCUGAGUGGUCUAAAGUCAUGUUUUCUGACGAAAGCAAAUUUUGCAUUUCCUUUGGAAAUCGAGGUCCCAGAGUCUGGAGGAAGACAGGAGAGGCACAGGAUCCACGUUGCCUGAAGUCUAGUGUAAAGUUUCCACCAUCAGUGAUGGUUUGGGGUGCCAUGUCAUCUGCUGGUGUCGGUCCACUCUGUUCCUGAGAUCAAGGGUCAACGCAGCCGUCUACCAGCAAGUUUUAGAGCACUUCAUGCUUCCUGCUGCUGACCUGCUCUAUGGAGAUGGAGAUUUCAGGUUCCAACAGGACUUGGCGCCUGCACACAGCGCAAAAAUCUACCCGUGCCUGGUUUACGGACCAUGGUAUUUCUGUUCUAAAUUGGCCAGCCAACUCCCCUGACCUUAGCCCCAUAGAAAAUCUGUGGGGUAUUGUGAAAAGGAAGAUGCAGAAUGCCAGACCCAACAACGCAGAAGAGUUGAAGGCCACUAUCAGAGCAACCUGGGCUCUCAUAACACCUGAGCAGUGCCAGAAACUCAUCGACUCCAUGCCACGCCGCAUUAAUGCAGUAAUUGAGGCAAAAGGAGCUCCAACCAAGUAUUGAGUAUUGUACAUGCUCAUAUUUUUCAUUUUCAUACUUUUCAGUUGGCCAACAUUUCUAAAAAAUCCCUUUUUUGUAUUAGCCUUAAGUAAUAUUCUAAUUUUGUGACACACGGAAUUUUGGAUUUUCAUUUGUUGCCACUUCAAAUCAUCAAAAUUAAAUGAAAUAAACAUUUGAAUGCAUCAGUCUGUGUGCAAUGAAUAAAUAUAAUGUACAAGUUACACCUUUUGAAUGCAAUUACUGAAAUAAAUCAAGUUUUUCAAAAUAUUCUAAUUUACUGACUUUUACCUGUAUAUAUAUAUAUAUACAAAAGCAGACAUUGAAUAUCUCUUUGAGCAUGGUGAAGUUAUUAAUUACACUUUGGAUGGUGUAUCAAUACACCCAGUCACUAAAAAGAUACAAGCGUUUGAUGUUCUCAAACUAAACGUGUGUGUGUCGGUGUCAGUGUCAGGUGAGGAAAUGGAGAAAGUGUUGUUGUAAUACUCGUGUGUCCUGGCUGCAACCUACACUCCUUAUUGAAUGGACUGAAUAGAACGAACACCCUAAGCAUCGGCUGGCAUUCACCUGUUACACUAUAUACUAUAUUACUAUUAGACUGGUAAUAUAUACUGUAGCUCAGCUGGUAGAGCACGGCGCUUGUAACGCCAAGGUAGUGGGUUCGAUCCCCGGGACCACCCAUACACAAAAAAAAAAACAUGUAUGCACGCAUGACUGUAAGUCGCUUUGGAUAAAAGCAUCUGCUAAAUGUCAAGUCAAAGCGACAAGGAGUGACCAGGAGUUGCCAUUAUAGCACAGACAGACUGGCGCUCAUAUCAGACUACAGAGAAUUAGUUUUGUUCUGUACAAUCAUUUCUAUCUGAACAUUCUGGAAUGUUACACCUUCUCAAAUAAUGAGCUCCACCUCAUUAAUAUUCCAGUCUAUUAAAUAUGAAUGUCCUCAUCAUUUGUAUACUUAACCACCGCAGUGGUGAGACAAUGAGUGGUGCUCACUGGUAUGGUGGAUAUUGUUGAAGCACUGUUGGUGCUCUGUCUGUCUGUCUGUCUCUGUCUCUAUAACCAGGAUGUUGUUGAAGCACUGUUGGUGCUCUGUCUGUCUGUCUCUGUCUCUAUAACCAGGAUUGUUGAAGCACUGUUGGUGCUCUGUCUGUCCUGUCUCUGUCUCUAACCGAUGUUGUCAGCUAUAGACUGUCAAUUGAGGGAUGUCCCUCCCUCCUUGUGUUGUUGUGUUCAACCUCUUAAAUCCCUCCAAGUCCCCCUUUCUAAUGUGUAAUAUCACUGUUGUUUAGUGCUACUCUCCCUCUCUCUCUCCCUGCCCUCUCUGUCCCCCCUUCUCCUCUCUCUCUCCUCUCGUCUUCCUCUCCUCUCCUCUCUCUCUCCUCUCCUCUCUGUACUCUCUUCCCUCUCUCUGCCAUGGUCUUCUCUCGUCCCCUGCCCUCCUCUCUCUCUCUCUCUCUCUCUCUCUGUCCCCCCUUCUCUCCCUCUUUCCUUACUCUCUCUCUCCCUCCCUCCUCCAGGCUCUCUCUCGUGUCACCCCCAGUGGCCUCCAGUCAGCAGCCCCUCGAUGA